AUGGCUGAAGUUCACUCAACUUCUGUCGAUUCGCGCGCACGCGCAGCAAGCAACCAGAUGAAACGGGCACUUUGUUAUCGAAAGUUGUUUGUAUGCAAUAGCUUUCUUUCUUUCUUUCUUUCUUUCUUUCUUUCUUUCUUUCUUUCUUUAUCUAUCUAUCUAUCUAUCUAUCUAUCUAUCUAUCUAUCUAUCUAUCUAUCUGUCCCUCUCUCUCCGUGUUUCUCUCUUUAUCCCUCUAUCUAUCUAUCUAUAAUGUCUGUCUUUCUCUAUGUGUCGCUCUUUUUCUCCCCCUCUCCCUCACUCUCCCUCUCUUACUCUCUCUCUCACUCUCUCUCUCUCUCUCUAUAUAUAUAUAUAUAUAUAUAUAUACCACAUGCUGCUCAUUAUCUAUCUAUCUAUCUAUCUAUCUAUCUAUUACAGGCUGUCGUGUCCACUCUCUUGCCCAGUAGUAGUGACCUCCUGAAUCCUAGCAUCCAUAGUAACUUGCAGAUUAGUCAUGUGAUCGCUGAUGCAAACUCCAGUUACAAAUUCGCCAUCUCCUGUACAAAAUGA